AUGCAGACGCAAUCGCCAUUUGCGCCGCUACUCGGCUUGCCGCCACAGAUGAUGUCGAGCCCGAACGCGGCUCCGCCGCCCUCAUCAACGCCCGUCUCGCUGACCGCCUUCCCGUCGGCGUUCGCCGCAUUCGCCUCGCAAAUCCGAAGCACACAACUCCAAUCGCUGCUGCAAUCGCAAAUCGCCGCGCUGAACAACGCGGCGGCGGCGGCGGCAGUGGCGUCGUCGACGUCAACAUCGACGCCGACCCAUCGUCAAUCCUACACACAAUCCGGCAAAGUUCGCGGGACGACCGAGUAUCCGAUUCGGAAGCGCGUCGGCGGCUCGACAGUGAAAACCGCAAAAGUUUGGAGGUACUUCGACGAGCUGCCGACAAUCGAGCAGGCCGCCGAAUGUCGAAUUUGCCGCAAGAAAAUCAAGGCGACGAAUUCCAGCACGACUGGAAUGAUUCGACACCUUCGGAGUUGCCAUGUGCAAGAAUACCAAGUGGUGCAGGAGGCGAGACAGAGCAGUAUGAUUGUCAAAAUGGAGGAGAAGGCGAGGGCGAAACUGCUCCGCGAGAUGAACGAGAAGGUCACGAAUGGCAUCGCCUCGCAGAUCAAGAAGGAGCCGAGCGAUAGUCAGAAGAGCCCGUCGGCAUCAUCGUCGGCGUCGGAUACGGCUUCAUCGGCGUCGUCGUCGCACUACCCGAUGCCACCAACUGGGCUGCCGGCGCCGAAGCCGAUCAAGGCGAUGAUCUCGAUCAAAUCCGAAUGCACCGAAGUCGAGGAGGAGCAGAAGCCGACGGAUCUCAGCGUCAAAGCUUCCGAGAUGUCGGCGUUCUCGAACGUCGCCACACCGGAAUUCAAAGAGCAACAGAAGAAGCUCGAGGAAGACCAUAAGAUUCAUAUGCAGAUUGCGUUGAUGCUCCUGCUGGAUCAGCAACCGCCGCAGCUCAUCGAUCGGCCGGGAUUUCGAUCAUUGUUCAGAUUCCUUCUUCCCGAAUACCAAUUGCCGUCGGGCGACAUCUUCCAAUCAAUGAUCGUGCCGCAACUUCUGAAUCACAUGAAACAACAAAUUGGGGCGAUUGUCAGCAACACGGCGAGUUUCCACCAACAGCAACAGCAACAACAGAAAUAUGAGGAGAACUCGUCGAUGAAUGAAACGACUCAACUCACCAAAGAGAAUUAUGAGGAGGAAGAGGAGGAUGAGAAUGUUGAGGUUGAGGAUGACACCUCGUCAGCUUCAUCUUCAAUGGAUGCUGACACUUGCGACGCGAUGGCGUCGUUUAUCAAUUAUAUCGGAAACGACGUUUUUCCGCAGGACGAGCUGAUAUCGCUGCUCGCCGUCGUCUCGAACAUCUUCGCCUACUUCACAUCGCGUCCAGUACUUCUGAAUCAUCUCGACAUGACGCAAUGCCCGCCAACCACACCGCCAUUAAUUCAGCAGAUCCAGUUCGUCUCGCAGAAUUUGACGGCGAUUUCCAGCUAUAUCCGCCACACGCCCGACAUGCAACUUCUACCACUCUCGGUGAACCAGGAAACGAUGCUCCAAACGCUUGUAGAUCAUAUUGAAAAGCUUCAAUGA